UUAAAAUGAAAAAACCACUUCAUCCCUGAUCACAAGCAUCGCCGGAGAGGACGGAAUGCUCUCAAACUCCCAUCUGAAAUCCCUCCACAUCUCGUCGAUCCACACCGUUCGAUCAAGAUCCAACGGCCGUUAUUCUCGAUCCAAACCCUACUCUCCUUCUCCUUCCUUCCUUCGCCGGAGCUCCGUCCACUCACUGGCGCGUCAGCUUGCUGCCCUUCGUCAGGUCCUCAUCGAUUCACAGAGCCAAAACCAUGGCGCCCGAGAUCCCCUUCGAUCCAUCAACCUGCGAUCUUGCCGAGCUAAUCAAUGAAGCCGAUUUUCAUUCUCUUUGCUCUCCUGAUGGCUUCCUCUCUAUCUGCGGCUUUGGCUCUCUUCUCUCGGAGAAGAGCGCGCGGAGUACGUUCCCGGAACUUAGGGAUUUCAGGGUUGGGGUUUUGAGGGGAUUCCGGAGGGUUUUCGCUCAUGUGGCACCGAUUUUCUAUGACCGAGGAAUCGCUCGUCCGGAAACCGCGGAGGUUUCAAGCUUGAGCGUGGAGCCUUGUGAGGGGGAAUGGCUUGUUGUUACUGUGUUUGAGAUUAAGAAAGAAGAGGUUUCGGCUUUCAUGGAGAGGGAACAUGAGUUCAGGUUUCUAGCUGCAUUUCCUGAAGACUUGGAAGGGAAACCUUUUACUAGAUCAGCAGUUGUUUGUGCUCGUUAUAGUGAUGAUGAGUAUUUUCGCAUCAGAUGCAAAGGUAGCAGAGAAAUUUUCUUCGAGAGAUACGGAAGGCAUAACAUAGAUAAAAUUUGGCGAGAUGAUAUCCUACCUUGCCGUGUUUAUCUUCGACAUUGUGUCUUGGCAGCGAAAAAUCUUGGGCAAAUUGCUUACGAUAAUUUCUUAGACCACACAUUCAUCGGCGACCGGAAAACAACAAUUCGAGAGUAUUUGGCUUCAACAGGAUCAGGAAUCAUGGAUGAAGAACCUCCAGAAGAACUCAAGAGUCGAUACGGAGGAUGAUUUAAACACCAAAAUAACUUGGCUAGUUCUUGAACUUCUUCAAAAUUUGGUUGAUAAAGUUGCAAUAUCUCCUGUCAUUGAACAUUCUUCUUAUAUAUAUAUAUAUAUAUGAAUUAUAUUCAUCA